AUGCAUAAGAAGUCUGAUUGCAAAUUUUCGGACCAGGGUACAUUUGGUUUAAACUGUAUUGGUAUAUGUAACUGUAAAGAUGAUGCCGAAUGUCGUAAAACGGAUGGAAAUUGUAGUUACGGUUGUGCAUUUGGAUGGUCAGGUUUUAACUGUAGCAAAGAUUUAAAUCUAAUCAAGCGUAUCAGUGCAAACGUCGUUACAAGUCAAUCAAGUACAUAUGCUCCUUAUCAGAAUCCAUCUGAUUUUAACUCAAGUAAAGCAAUAGACGGGGUAGAGAAUUAUUCAGUAGAUACAUGUAAAUGUUGCAGUGUAACAAACGGACCCACCCCUUCGUGGUGGCAAAUUGAUCUUAAACAAAGAUACUUGAUUGGUGCUAUUCAGAUAUUUGGACGAGAAUCGGGUUAUCCAGAGCAAUUGCAACAUGCAGUAGUAUAUGCUGGCAAUGCAUCCAUGGCCUCCAACAUGUCAUCGAAUAAAAUGAAGGUUUACGAAGUUCCUAAUAUAACUGACACACGAAUCUUUACAAAUGACUUAGAUCCACUGAUUGUGCAAUACUUUUUGGUAGAGCUGCCACAGAAGUUUUUGAUUUUGUGUGAAUUCAAGUUAUAUGAGAAAGAAUGUAAAGUCGGUUAUUUUGGAUCGGGAUGUUUGCAUGGUUGUCAUUGUUCAGACAAUAACACAUGUAAUCAAGUGACAGGAAAAUGUCAGACACAUGGUUGCCUGGUAGGCUGGAAAGGUGAAGCAUGCACAGACCGUAAGUUAUGAUAUAAGCAA